AUGAACAUGUCGAUCACUCCCAAGCAGCCUCUGAACCUGGAAUUUCCUCACCCACACUUUGCUAUGAUCUAUAUCGACCACAAUGGGGAAUACCAACUACAAACGUCUGCCUCAAUGGCCGGAUGUGGAGGCGCAAUCUUCACACCGGAAGUCACAGAUCGAUUCCUUGAAAUGACCUGUCCAGGAACCCAAGCCGGUCCAAGCUUUAUUCGAGGUGAGUCAGAGAGACUUCAGAUCACAUUUCGUAGAGAAUUCCAAGCUGAUGAGAAUGGUUCAGAGCAAGCCAGCCAAGCAUCCUACGGCGCCUGGGACGUGCAGUCAUCUCCCAACUGGGUCCAAACCGGCCAGACGAAACCAAUGGAGAAGAUCCCAUUUGAAUGGCAGACGCCAAACAGCCGAAAUAAAAAGCGUAGACCGAACCCGGCUGGAAUUGUCAAGUCUCGAAACCGCGCCCUGUUACGACGGUACUAUGAGAAGGCAUUUGAAGACUUCCAGCAACUCAACUGCCGUGCCAUUGCAAAGUCUUAUAUCAAACUGGUUGAACCGAGGAAGCAGGUUCAUUUCCCGUACAAUGGUCGCAGGGUCAUUGCCGGUGUCUCGCAGCGUGUUGACCCGGAGUAUACGAAGCCGGGGUGGUGGCCAGCAGGUGUCUUGCACAAGGAACCGGAUCAUCUACUCAAGAAUGAUCGCCUGCGACUCCUUGUCCACAUCCUUUGCGAGCUGAAGGAUAGCCAUGGGGUCACUGCUGAGAAAUUGCGUGACGCCGGUCAGGAUGUCAGACGCCAGAUCACACCCGCCAACAAACUCCAGGUCCUUGAUGAGAUCUACUUUGUCCGAAAAAUGGAAGAGCAGUUCCUGGACGGAGAAAUCGAUGCCAGCACUUUGAUUCAGAUUACGCACACACAUCUCCCUGAAGCAAUCUAUCACGAUACAGACGAGACUCUAUCACGCACAAAACCCGCCCCGGUAUCAUCAUCAGCAAUGAAUCAAGACCUCGACAUGAAUGACGUCCACGAGGAGGGUAUCCCCACAAUGGAGGAGGACGACUGCAAACCCCAGUCUCACCCGCAUAUCCUGCCCUUGUCACCAACAGCCAGUGAGUCAAGUGGCCCACACAGCCCAUCAUCUGGCGGCUUUGGUUCGUACCCAUUGGGUAUGCCUCCCCCAACGGUGCAUGUUAUUCCCCCCGAGUCACCGACGAUUCCGAAGCCCAUGCAUGACCCUUCUUACAUGUCUGGCUAUUACGCGCAGCCUUUCAUGCCUGACAAGGGCCAGGGAUUCUGGCCACAUGCCAGUCCCGUGUCGCAGUAUGGAUAUUAA